AUGGAAUCGCCGAUAGAAUGGAAGCAGCACAUGGAAGCCGUGCUGCCGAGCUUCUUGAACAGGGAACUGGAAACUAUGCAAGCAUGGGUGACUGAAGUUCCUCUCGUUCGAGUCAGCAAGUUCUUAGAUUUGGUCAAUCGACAGUUCCCAGGAGGUGACUUCAGAGUCGGGCAUCUGAAACGUGUUAGGAGGGCACACGGUGAUUCAAUUGCUCCAGCCAUGGUCCUAAUCGCCCCAACUCUGGAAGUUGAAGAACCUGAAAUCCUCACCUUCUUACGGAAUACAUGUGCGCUGGACUCGCAGCCGCGUGUAGUCACUGUGCCGAGACAUGCUGCUAUUACAAGACAGGAAUUGGAACAAGCAAUACAGUUUUGGCCCGUUACUUUUCGAGAAUUUCCUAUGCCUGUGAUACAGACUGAAGAGUUUCGAAUCAUAAGAAAGAGAAUGGCUAUGGCUAUACGGCAGGCUGAAUAUGGGAGGUCGCAUGGGCAGCUCGGAAUUGGAGCAAUAAUAGUAGACCCAUCAACAUCAUCAGUCCUCGCAGCUUGUUACGACAAGCGUAAAUCACAUCCUUUACAUCAUUGUGCUAUGAUGGCGAUAGCCCAAGUAGCUGAACGAGAAAGAAGGAAGAGAGGCAUUGAGCAGAUUCCGCAACAUCAUUAUAGUAACAAUAGUAUGAGCAAUGGAAAUGGGAAUGGCCACUCGCAGUAUGCCAAUGGCACAGCAAAUGGAAUGACGAAUGGACAUGCACACGUGUGUCCGAUAAGUGAAGAAGAGAUGGGUCGUUUGGGAUACUAUUGUACUGGAUACGAACUUUAUAUUACGAGAGAGCCUUGUAUCAUGUGCUCGAUGGCUCUUGUACAUUCACGCAUAUCACGAGUAUUCUAUGGCUUCCCAACACCUGGAGGGGGUCUCGGAACUGAACUACAAGUACAUACCCAUCCGCUGCUGAAUCACAAGUUUACCGUUUUUCGAGGACUUGAUCAGGAUGAAUGUGAAAAGGUAUUUGAGGAUGGGCGGUACUCUCCUGUGCCAACAGAGAAUGGAAUUGAGAAUGGUCACGUUGUUGUUGGGAAUGGGAAUGCAAACCAUCAUGUUGGAAAUGGAAUUGCCAACAUUCAUAUUGGGAAUGGUAUGAAUGGGAAGUUGGACUCCUGA